GCGCUUCCGGGUGGCGAGGGGGCUAUGGCGUUGUCCUGGCCGCAGCGUGUCGAGCUCGUGCUCUUCGCUGCCGCCUUCCUAUGCGGGGCUGUGGCGGCCGCGGCGCUGACUCGGACCCAGGGCUCCUUCAGUGGUAGCUGCCCUCUGUAUGGUGUGGCCGCCCUGAAUGGCUCCUCACUGGCCUUAUCCCAUCCUUCGGCCCCAUCCCUCUGCUACUUUGUGGCUGGGGCCUCUGGCCUCCUGGCCCUCUACUGCCUCCUGCUUCUGCUCUUCUGGGUCUACAGCAGCUGCAUCGAGGACUCUCACAGAGGCCCGCUUGGGCUCCGCAUCGCGCUGGCCAUUUCAGCUCUAGCUGCCUUCCUGCUCUUAGUGACCGCCUGUAUUCUUCGGUUCGGCACCAGUUGUCUCUGCAAAUCCAUCAUCUCCUUGAGUGCUGUAACUAGUUGCCCCGAAGCCCAGAAAAUUUCAUGGACACCCCCUGGAACCGCCGUGCAGUUUUACUCCAACCUCCAUAACGCUGAAACCGCCUCUUGGGUGAAUCUGGUACUGUGGUGUGUGAUCCUGGUGCUGCAGGCUGUGCAGUGGAAGAUGGAAACCGCCCCAUGCCCACCUCUGGCCAAGAGGGACUCCGAGUGGAGCUCUGAGACAGAUGCUCUGUUUGGGCCUCGCCCUCCCCAUUACUGA